AUGUCGAUCCUCGUGAGGCCUCCAAAACGAAAAUUAGACGAGCUAGACGGAUUCGAUCAGCAAGAGCAACGGAUUUCGCGGGGCAGCCAUUCACAACCCCUUGAGUCUCACCCAUCUUGGUCGUCGGAUACCAUUGCCAGAAGAGCGGCCAGCUAUGGGAGUGCCGAUUCUCGCCGGUCGUCUGAACAAUUAGAUACGUCGGGGGAUCUCUAUCGCCAUGCGCCGUCGCUGCGUGAGCCGCAGUCCGGCCGGGCGUCGCCGGUUUUCUUUGACGGGCCAUUUCAGUCGCAGAAAAAGUUCAUUCCCAAUGCUUCUGUGGUGCUGAUUGGUAUCCGGGGGACCGGAAAGUCUAGUCUGGCUGUCAUUCUGGCCGCGACGUCUGGGAGGCGGUUGAUCGACGCGGGUCAAUACUUUCAACAGGCGACCGGUCGGUCGCGCGGCGAAUACAAAAGGGAUUUUGGCCUGGCCGAAUAUCGUCAACAAGAAGUCAGGAUUAUGGAGACUAUGCUGGAAGAACACAGGGAGGGUUGGGUCAUUGCCUGUGGCCCGGGAUCCAUGGAGCGCAGAGGACAAAUGCUACUGCGAGAAUAUGCGAAAACCCACCCCGUCGUGCACAUCAUUCGUGACUCGCAGAGCAUUCAAUCCUAUCUCAAUGCAUGGAACAAAGACAAAGUUCACCGAUUUCUCGAAUUAUCGGGCCCGAUUUAUCGUGCAUGCUCCAACUUCGAGUUUUUUAAUGUUGACGAAAAGGGCUCGGGAGACCCGGUGGUGGACAAAAACAGCCAUCAUAACCCCCACUUGGGCCAGGAACUUGAUCAGCGGUCCGAGACAUUUACACCGUUCCUGACACUUAAAAGGUUACAGCGCGACUUUCUCCGGUUUAUUGCCUUCGCGAUCGGAGAUGCCACAUAUCUGCGCAAACAGCACACCUCCUUUCCCCUGUCAAUGCGACCGGUCGAGACCCGCAUGUACAGCUAUGCCGCAGUCGCGCCGUUGUCGUCCCUACUUGAGCGAAAGUUUGAUUAUGAGGACCUGGAGACCGCCGCGGACGCAUUCGAAUUGAGGAUAGACGUCACAGAGGGCUUAUCCUCCCAGCUCAGAGUUGACUCGAGCCUUGCGGAUAGGAUCAGCCAGACCGUGGCCACCAUCCGACGGAAUAUCAUUGUUCCCAUCAUCUAUCAUGUAGAAAGCAAGACAAAUCCUAAUACCCCUUUUUCACAGCAUAACGAAGUAUCUUGUCGCCCGGAUACCGCGUAUCUAAAUCUAGUGCAGCACGGUCUGCGGUUAGCUCCGGGUUUCCUAACGAUCGAUCUCUCCUAUGACGAUGGAGUCCUCUCGCAAAUAAUUUCUUCAAAGGGGACAAGCAAAGUUAUCGGUCAUUAUGAAACUCUUCAGCGUCCCGCGGAUGGCUGGGACGACCCCAAAUACCUCGCGUUAUACGAACGGGCGAAGGAGCUUGGUUGCGAUAUGGUUAGGUUGAUACAGCCGGCGGAAUCGAUCGAGGACAACUUUGCUGUUCAACGAUUUAGACAUCAUGUCAAGUCGAUGCCAGGAAAACAAACACCUCUCAUAGCCUACAACUCCGGGCCGUUAGGACGGCUAUCGUGCUGUUUCAAUCCGAUCUUAUCGCCUGUGAUUCAUCAAUCCCUGAUGCCCGACGUCCAAGCCAAAAGGCUACCGUGCAUCACGCUCCACGAAGCGCAAGGAGCUCUCUACUCCUCAUUCGCCCUUGACCCUAUGCAGUUCUUCGUCUUUGGUGCCAACACGACAUACAGUCUGUCACCCGCCAUGCACAAUGCCGCAUACAAACUCUGCGGUCUCCCACACCGAUACAACAUCCACCAAUCAUCCUCCCUCCGAGGUCUCAACGAUCUCAUCGAAAACCCCCACUUCGGCGGAACCAGUGUCAGCUUGCCCUACAAGACAGAAGCCAUCCCACUUCUCCAUUCAAUGUCACCCCACGCCCGCGCCAUCGGCGCAGUGAACACGCUCAUCCCCAUCCGCGGCGACAUCGGCGAUCAAGCCUUGAAUUCCGAGGACUGCACCCUCUACAUGGAACGAAGUCGCGCCGGGCCCAUCAAAGCUCUUCACGGCGACAACACCGACUGGAUCGGCAUCUGCAACUGCUUCCGCCGGGGACUGUCCCCGGCAAACGCCAUCCGUCCAUCCUCCACCGGUCUGGUCAUCGGCGCAGGCGGCAUGGCCCGCGCCGCCGUCUACUCCAUGAUCCAUCUCGGCGUGCAGGACAUCUUCAUCUUCAACCGCACCCCAUCCAACGCCGAAAGACUCGCAUACCACUACAACCGCCAGACCCUGCACACAGCCGGCAAAAGCGGAUCCCCGGCGCGUCCAACCUUCCACAUCCUCCACUCCUCCCAAGAGGCCUGGCCAGCGGGCUACAAACAACCCACCGUCAUCUGCUCCUGCAUCCCAGCCCACAGCAUCGGCGACCAACCAGCCCCAAACACCGAAAUGCCACUACAGUGGCUAGAAAGUCCGACAGGUGGUGUCGUAGUCGACUUAGCAUACAAACCCCUCAAUACGCCCCUUAUGAAACAGAUCCGCAGCCUCUCGCACCGCGGCUGGGUCGCUCUCGACGGUCUGGACGUCCUCCCUGAACAGGGAUUCGCCCAAUUCGAGCUCUUCACUGGCCGUCGCGCCCCACGCCGUCUCAUGCGCACCGUCAUUCUCCAAGAAUACCGAGGCGAGGAAGGCCAGUACGAUCCCGGCGCUAUUAAACGUCGGCUGGAGAAUCUGGAUGCUCAGUUAACUUGA